AACAACAAAGAAAAAAGGUAGAGCCUAGAGAGAGAGAGAGAGAGAGGAGGAGAGAUAAAUCGGCCGCCUCACCUCUUUUCUCCUUCUCAUCGCGACGAUUUUCUGGUCUCAUCUUUCUUUCUUUCUUUCUUUCUUUUUUUGCUUUCUUUGAUUUUCAAGAUAAAUAUUUUUCUUCCCCUAAAUUUUGUCCUCCGUCUCUCAUCCGAAUACCAUCUUCUUCGAUUACUGGUCUCUCCAUUAAUUUUUCUUAAUUUCCAUAUUUCAAGACCAAUUCCCUUUAAUAUUCAUUUUUCCGGUCAAUGUAGCUUCAGAUUAGGGUUUCGAUUCCUGGCUUCGUUCCGAUUCUUAAAAUAUGUAGUUGAAGACGAUCUUCUUCUUUGACUACUUUCAUUUCGAACAACUCUCUUUAUACAAAUCUACGGGGCUUUCUUGUUCUUCCUCUAUUUUUUCUUUUCUGUAUCUCCGGCAACUCAAUCUAAUCUGCUGAAGUCGUCGGCAGUUGAAUUGUCUACCGGAGAAAGGAUCAUGCUCUUGUACACCACGAUUUGAGGCAAGUCAGGGUUGGUUGGUUGGUGUUGUCACAUUUAGCUUUUGGGUUCACUUCGAUUAAAGAUUUGGAUCAUGGACCAUGUGGUUGCGGGCAAGUUCAAGCUUGGGAGGAAGAUUGGGAGUGGGUCUUUUGGAGAGCUCUAUUUAGCUGUUAAUGUGCAAACUGGGGAGGAGGUUGCCGUCAAACUAGAACCUGUGAAAACCAAGCAUCCUCAGCUUCAUUAUGAGUCGAAAUUGUAUAUGCUUCUUCAAGGAGGAACGGGAAUCCCCCACCUGAAGUGGUUUGGAGUUGAAAGUGAUUACAACAUUAUGGUGAUUGAUCUUCUGGGGCCAAGUUUGGAAGAUUUAUUUAACUACUGUAAUAGAAAGUUUUCAUUGAAAACUGUCUUGAUGCUCGCAGAUCAAUUGAUUAACAGGGUUGAGUACAUGCACUCGAGAGGUUUUCUCCAUCGUGAUAUAAAGCCCGACAACUUCUUAAUGGGACUUGGACGGAAAGCCAAUCAGGUAUAUAUCAUCGACUAUGGCCUCGCAAAGAAGUAUAGGGAUUUACAGACUCAUAAGCAUAUACCAUACAGGGAGAACAAGAACCUCACUGGCACAGCUCGCUAUGCUAGUGUUAACACUCACCUAGGAAUUGAACAAAGCAGAAGGGAUGACCUAGAAUCUCUUGGUUAUGUGCUUAUGUAUUUCCUAAGAGGAAGCCUUCCCUGGCAGGGUCUUAAAGCAGGCACGAAGAAGCAAAAGUAUGAUAAAAUCAGUGAAAAGAAGAUGUCAACUCCUAUUGAGGUGCUCUGCAAAUCACAUCCACCUGAGUUUGUAUCUUAUUUCCAUUACUGUCGAUCAUUGAGAUUUGAGGACAAACCAGAUUAUUCAUAUUUAAAGCGACUUUUCCGCGACUUAUUCAUACGAGAAGGCUAUCAAUUUGAUUAUGUGUUUGACUGGACUAUACUGAAGUACCCUCAAAUUGGAAGCAGUUCCAGAGGACGAAAUGCAAGUGGGAAAGCGGCACUUACUCCAGGACCAUCGGCAGAAAGGCCAGAGAGAACCUCAGUUGGGAAAGAGAUCCGAGAAAGAUUGUCAGGUGCAGUUGAAGCAUUUUCUAGGAGGAAUGUAUCUGGUUCGAGUCCACAUGUUGAUCAUUCUAAACAAAAGGCUUACGAGGAUGUGCUUCCUGAUUCUGAUCGAGGGCGUAGUUCUUCUCGAUAUGGCAGCACCUCAAGAAGAGCUAUAGUUACAAACAGUAAGCCUAGUUCUUCUGGUGAUCACAGUGGUGAAGGCCGUCGACUAGUCGCAAGCACUGGGCGGCCCUCUACCACUCAAAGAGUUCAUUCUUCUUACGAAACAAAGCCAACCUCAUUUGUUCGAACAUCGACUACAAGAGGCGGCCGUGAUGAUCCCCUCCGGAGCUUCGAGCUUCUAUCAAUCAGGAAGUAAUAAGAAGGUUUUCAUUAGGAUAUUCGCAUAUGCAUCAGAGGGAUAAAGCCCUCGCAUUUGCAAAGAUUAUUUGCAUCAUUUAAUUCUCUCUUGUACAUCGGAUAUCGCCAAACCCGACAGUCGACACGUCUUGUAUGACUAGAAAUCCAGAGGACUAUCUUUGCAUCCUUUCCCCUCGAAGAGUGUAUACGGCCAUUGUAACGCGUUUUAGAUACCACAUACUACCAGAUGCAGAGAUUCACGCAGAGCAUUCUACUUGUUACUCCAAGUAGCUGUUAUAAUACUGUAUUUCCUUUCAUGUACUGACAUUUCAGACCCAACCAUCAGUUAUUUUUAUAGUUUACUAGUGUGCCUAUAACUAUUACUCAUGAACGAAAAAAAAAUAUCCUUGUUUUCCCCUUGGCUGGAAAAUCAGAUUCAAUACCUCAAAAGUUCAGUUUCUUAAAA